AGUUUGUUCAUGUAGGUCUUGGGAAUUGUCUGGAAUUCCAUGCAGCCAUGCUUUGAGUGCCAUCCAUUUUCAGAGAGGUAAUGUUGAGGACUAUGUAGAUGAAUGCUACACAGUGUCCAAGUAUAUGGCUGCUUAUGGGAACACUCUGUAUCCCAUUAAUGGCACUGAACUUUGGGAGGAUAACCAUUUCAUACCACCACUGCCACCAAAUUUUGGAAGGGGUGCAGGGAGACCUUCUAAGGCAAGGAGAAGGGAGAGUGAUGAGAUAAUUGGGAAAAAUAAGAAGAAAAAAGGAACUUCAGCUCCUACAAAAGUGAAGAGGCAACAGACAAAGGUGAACUGCAGCAGAUGUGGUGGGAGAAGGCCAUAUGUUCAUCUAACACUAACCAACCUCCACCAGUACAGAAGAUGCAGAAGAUGCAUGUAAGAAGAAACAGUGGUCCAUCCCUUAGAAACCUAGCAAGUACUGUGAACCCAACUUUGUUUCCACCACUGCAAAUCAUGAAGAUGAAAUUAGUCAGGGGAAACCCAGUGCAGCCUACAAGAGCCACACAUGGAGUUCAAAUCAGAGGGCCUCCUACAUUUACUGGAGAGAGACCUGUUUUUUCUGUGGGAAGCAGCAUUACAUUAGCUCAUGAAAAGGUUGUAGUUGAUAAGGGGAAAAAGUACUUGGCCAAUGGAGGCACGAGAAAUAUCUUCUUCCACAAUUUGGAGUUUUCCACGAAGUGCGAAUUUCAGCUCGCAACCCACAAUGGCAAUUUGGAUUAUCUGUGUUGUAAGACAUCUCGUUAG